GCCCCGCCGCACCCUUGACUUUUCCCGGGGCCUUGUGCGGAACGCCCGCUGCCUGCUCCAAGGUCUGCAGCUGCGGCAGCCCAGGCGCUAUAAGGGGGCGCCCGGGCCGGCUGCGAGCGCCGCCCCCCGCCAUGGACCCCCGCCCGCCGGCCUGGGCGCUGCUGCUGCUGCUGCUGCUGCCGCCGGCCGCGGUGUCGCCGCUGAGCCCCGCGCCAGCCCCGGGCGCGCCCGAGAGGCUGUGCGGCCACCACUUCGUGCGCGCCCUGGUGCGCGUGUGCGGGGGCCCGCGCUGGUCCCCCGAGGCGGCCCAGCCCGUGGCUGCCGGCGAUCGGGACCUGCUGCGGUGGCUGGAGGGCCCGCACCUCCUCCACGCGCUGGCAGCGGCCGACGGCGACCCGCAGCCCCCGCCCCGGGGCUCUCGGCGCCGCCGCGCCGCAGGGGACAACCCCGCGCUCCGGUGCUGCCUCCGCGGCUGCGACCGCCAGGACCUGGUGUCCCUGUGUCCCCACUGACGCCGCCGGGGGGGACAGGGCUGAGACAGCGCCACGACGCCCGGCGUCCCUUGGUUUCCUCCUGCGACGGGGGGGCUCACACCUCGCCCCGCCUGCCCUCCGGGAAGCCGACGCGCCGUCAACACGCACCCGAAUCCAGAUGUCCAGGCGCUGGGGGGUCAGAUGUCCCGGAGCCGCCCCAACACCGGCCUCCCGGCCUUUGCGACGCCCCCACUCCCCACUCCCCGCUCCCCACUUCCCGCUCCCUCUGCGGCAGCCAAUAAACGAUUCCCAGCAGAA